AUGGGUUCGCUCCAGGGCGCAGCCCGUUCCGCCUCGCGCACGCUUCGAGCCACACGAUGGCGACCCAGCGAGCCGGCAUCUUUACUCCGCGGCCCAGGUCGGCCGUUGUCGGCGCAUUCGAAAGCACUGCACACCGUGCCCCCACGAAAGUCCUCCGCCGCAACAGCGACAGUAAAGGACUCGACGAACCCGGCGUUAUCAUUCCCCUGCCUCGAUGCCCAGGAUGCCAAGUCGGCGCUGCUCUCUGCCCGGUCCCUGCAAUCGGGGCCGGAGCCCUCGUACACGACCGGCCAACACGAGCAGUUCCACUGUGAAGACCCGCUACUCCUCGACUGGGGUGGUGUGCUGCCGGAGUUUGACAUUGCAUAUGAAACCUGGGGUCAACUGAACAGCGACAAAAGCAAUGCGAUCCUCCUGCACACUGGAUUGUCAGCUUCCAGCCACGCGCAUAGCACCGCUUCGAAUCCGAAGCCUGGUUGGUGGGAGAAGUUCAUUGGCCCUGGUCUGCCGCUGGACACAGACAAGUAUUUUGUGAUUUGUACGAAUGUGUUGGGUGGCUGCUACGGCAGCACGGGGCCGUCCUCGGUGGAUCCGUCGGACGGGCAGCGGUAUGCGACGCGCUUCCCGAUCCUGACGCUGGACGACAUGGUGCGCGCCCAGUUCCGCCUUCUGGAUGGCCUUGGCAUCCAGAAGCUGGCGGCGUCUGUCGGGUCCAGCAUGGGAGGCAUGCAGAGUUUGGCGGCAGGUGUGCUGUUCCCCGAGCGCGUGGGAAAGAUCGUUAGCAUCAGCGGCUGUGCUCGCAGCCACCCGUACAGUAUUGCGAUGCGGCACACGCAGCGCCAGGUGCUGAUGAUGGACCCGAAAUGGGCGCGGGGCUUUUACUACGAUGCCAUCCCGCCGCAUUCGGGCAUGAAGCUGGCGCGGGAGAUUGCUACUGUCACUUACCGCAGCGGGCCCGAGUGGGAGAUGCGAUUUGGUCGUCGCCGCGCUGAUCCCAGCAGGCAGCCGGCGCUGUGUCCGGACUUCCUCAUUGAAACAUACCUUGACCACGCCGGCGAAAAGUUCUGUUUGGAGUAUGAUCCUAACAGCUUGCUGUAUGUCUCCAAGGCUAUGGAUCUGUUCGAUCUCGGCCAUGACCACCAGACUCAGACACGUCGCCGGCGUGCCGAAGCCGAGUCUCGCAUCGCCAGCGGUGACAUCUCGUCCGACGUGUCCGACCCCGCCUGCAGCCUGACUCUGCCCGACAAGCCAUACGAGGAACAGCCUCAGGCUACUGCAUUGGUGCCUCCUCUCGACCAGUCGGUCACCUCUGCAGGGCCCGCGGGCCCCCCACUGGACCUAGUCGCCGGCCUUUCCCCUCUAAAGAACCACCCAGUUCUUGUGAUGGGAGUCGCCAGCGACAUCCUCUUCCCUGCCUGGCAGCAGCGCGAGAUCGCCGAGACUCUCCGUGCCGGCGGCAACAAGACCGUUGAGCACAUCGAGCUGGGUGAGGAUCUAUCAAUGUUCGGUCACGAUACUUUCCUGCUUGACCUGAAAAACAUCGGGGGUGCUCUGGGCCGGUUCCUCAAGUGA